AAAGUCCACGCUAAUGCCACAGACAUGUUAGGCUAGCUAUAACCUUUUUUCGUAAGAUUGAGACAGCAGUGGACCGAUCGGAAAGCUCGAUCGCUAAUCUUCCCCUCUUCACCAUACUCGAUGAGGAGCGGCCACGGUGACGGGGAGGAUGGGGAUUAUGCGUGCAUCUCUUGUGUUACCAACUCCACUGGAAACCAACCGUCGGAGCUGCUGAACGGGUUAGGCUACGGCCUCGGCAUUUCCGUCAUGAUGAUACUGGUGCUCACGGCCAUACUCACGGCCUACUUCUGCGCCCGAAGAAGUAACGUGGCCACGAAUCCGCAGUCAGGGAAUGAAGCCGCGGCGCCUGCCGAUGUCGAGGCCGGCAUCGACGAGGCGACGCUGAUGCUCUACCCGAAGAUGGCGUACUCGCAAGCUAAGCUGGAAAUGAAGGGCACCGCCGCGACGUGCUGUUCCAUAUGCUUGGCCGACUACAAGGGCACGGACGUGCUGCGGCUGCUGCCGGAGUGCGGGCACCUCUUCCACCUCGACUGCGUCGACCCGUGGCUGAAGUCGCACCCGUCGUGCCCCAUGUGCCGCUCUUUACAGGCGCCCACCCCCAUUGCCACGCCUAUGGCGGAGGUUUGUCAUUAACGCGGCCAAUACAGUCGCAGUGAAUGUAUCAUAGAUAAAUAUAAUACUAAUAUUAGUAUAAAAUCUAUAAUCAUGCUAUACGUGAAAAAAUUUUUAUGUCAAGAUUGAAAUCAAAUAAAAUUAGAUCUAACAAUAUUACGAUGCGUACCUUUCAUUGUUGUUUAGAAGAAUAAACCUUAUCUGAUAUUAAACAUGUAUUGAUGCUAAUGUUAGCAUAAAAUCUUCGUCGAAUAUGAGAUAUCAAUCUGCAAGGAAAAUUAGAUCUUUCUCCUCUCUUUCUAAAUCUGCAAGGAGAACUAGAUCCUAGAGAGAGAAUGAGAUUAGAGGCUUAAGAGAGAGAGAUUAGGGAUUAGGACAUAAUCUAACA